AUGGCUUUGUUCCAGUUUUCUUUUGCACUCUGUGCACUGUCAGUGUGUGCUGUGGAUCUGGAUCCUGGUGUGCAUGUGGACAUCCUGAAGGAGCUGAAUGUAGGAGAAUCUCUCACUGGAGUUUCCCCAGUGCAGGGUUUCCACAAUGACACCAUUGCAUUUCUGUUUAAAGGGACGAGAAGGAACGUGCGAGCCUCAGCAGGAGUAGCAGAGCGAAUUGUACAGAAGCUCAGAGGCAGAGUGGAGAUGACCCUUCUGCUGACACUCAAACAAGAUAAAUUCAACUCGGGUGUGUUGCUGUCCAUCCAUCAUGGAGAACAAAGGUAUCUGGAGCUGGAAAGCAAUGGGCAGCGCAGUGAAAUCCGGCUGCACUACUGGAUGGCAGAACAGCAGAACCGCACUGAGAUUUUCCCCUACAACCUGGCAGAUGCUCGCUGGCAUAGAGUGGCCCUGACACUCAGUACUACUCAGCUGGUGCUUCAUGUGGACUGCAGCAGAAUUUAUGAGAGAAUUGUGGAGACACCAUCUAUGGACAUUCCUGCAGGUACAACUGUGUGGCUUGGGCAAAGAAAUAACGUUCAUGGAUUCUUUAAGGGUAUGAUACAGGAAGUUCAAUUGGUGUUCAUGCCUCAGGGAUACAUCUCACAGUGCCCUGAUCUCAACCGCACUUGUCCAACCUGCAAUGAUUUCCAUGGUCUGGUACAGAAAAUCAUGGAGCUGCAGGACAUUUUGGCCAAAACAUCUGGAAAGCUCGCUCGUGCAGAAGAACGAAUGAAGACUCUGGAUGGCUGUUACUGUGAGAGAACCUGCUCACUUAACGGCGAGAUCUACAGAGAUGAGGAUAUUUGGAUAGACGGAUGCAAGAACUGCACAUGUUUGAAUGGCAGUGUUGAAUGUGAGAGCAUCUUAUGUCCUGCACCUCAGUGUCCUCCAGAUACUGCGCCAGCCUACAUUCCUGGGGUGUGCUGUAAAGAGUGUCAGCCUGUGUGUGUUUUCAGGGGGAGGGUGUAUGUGGAAGGGGAACGAAAGAGCGUGCGGGACUCCACAGGAAACUGUCUGCUUUAUGAGUGCAGGGACCGUAAGAUGCGAAGAAUUGAAAGCAUUGCUUGUCCAGAACUCAACUGCCCUGAAUCAGAGCAGAUAACCCUCACAGACCGCUGCUGUAAAGUGUGUCAAGGACAUGAUUUCUGUGCGGAUGGCUACAGUAGCAGCUGUGUGGAAAACUCAGAGUGUGUGAAUCUGGAGGCAGGAGCCUACUGCAGCUGUAAAGAUGGCUACCGGGCAGUUAGAGAUGACAGCGCAUACUGCCAAGAUAUUGAUGAAUGUGCAGAGGGCAAACACUACUGCAGGGAGAAUACCGUGUGUGUGAACACACCAGGCUCAUUCAUGUGUGUGUGUAAGAAAGGCUACAUCCGGAUUGAUGACUACUCCUGCACUGAGCAUAAUGAGUGUAUAAGUGGACUUCACAACUGUGAUGAGAACGCACUCUGCUUUAAUACAGUGGGAGGACACAGCUGCACCUGUAAACCGGGGUACCUGGGUAAUGGCACCGUCUGCAGAGCACAUUGUGACGGAUUGUGCCAUAAUGGAGGCUCCUGCGUGGCUCCAGACACAUGCAUCUGCCAACAAGGCUUUACUGGGAAGAGAUGUGAAACAGACAUUGAUGAGUGUUUGAAUGGCUUUGUGGAGUGCGACAGUCGAGCCACGUGUGUGAACCUUCCAGGCUGGUAUCACUGUGAAUGCCGUGAUGGCUACCACGAUAAUGGAAUGUUUUUAUCAAAUGGGGAGUCUUGUGAAGAUAUUGAUGAAUGUGAGACGGGGAGACACAGCUGUCCAAAUGACACGGUGUGCUUUAACAUGGAUGGAGGUUAUGACUGCAGAUGUCCUCACGGGAAAAACUGCACAGGCGACUGUUUUCAUGAUGGAAAGGUGAAGCACAACAGGCAGAUUUGGGUGCUGGAUGAAGACAGGUGCGCCGUCUGCUCCUGCCAGUCAGGCUUGGUGAUGUGUAGGCGGAUGGUGUGUGACUGCGAGAACCCGACAGUGGACGUCUCCUGCUGUCCAGAGUGUGACCCUCGUCUUAGCUCUCAGUGUGUGCUCUACAGUGGUCUUCUGACUUACAACAGCGGUGACACUUGGGUGGAGAAGUGCCAGCAGUGCCAGUGCAUACAUGGCGAGGUGGACUGCUGGCCGAUGCCCUGCACUCCACUGACCGACUGCGAAUUUGUGGCAGUGCCUGAAGGCGAGUGCUGCCCCCGUUGCAUUUCAGACCCAUGCCAGGCAGACACGAUGUUCAAUGACUUCACCAAAACGUGUGUGGAUGAAAACGGCGCCACACGCUUAAGCGGCUCGACCUGGAAUAAAUAUGCCACCGAGUGCACCAUUUGUGUGUGCAAGAAUGGCCACAUCUGUUGCUCUGUGGAUCCGCUGUGCCUCUAGUGCCAUUCGACUGGCAGCUGUCUAUCU